CUCUGUAGCAGCUCCCGAACUUUCCCGACGUGGCUUCCCGCUGGUGGGCGUGGUUCCGCGAAAGCCCCGCCCCAGCUAGCGCGCCGCUGCUCUGCCGUGCGCGCGCCCGCCUCGUCACUCAGCCAUCUUGAUUUUCCCGUCGUGAGAGGUCCCUGGCGGCGGGAGGAGGCGGAGGUGAGGGCUGGCCGAGGGGUAGGGGGUACCGGAGAGGGCGGGCACUUUUAUAGAGCCCUCUUCCCUUCAGCGGGAGGCUAAGAGGUUCCGGCCGAGAACGGCACCUGGCCAGAAGCGCUUAAACAUUCCAGGGCGGUGAAAGUGGCCUCAGAAUCGGAGACACUUUGAGAUCCCCCAGGUGGGCGGGGAGAAAGUACGUUUAGAGAUCCCAAGGGCCCCAGCCGGGUGAUGGGUUUAAGGUCCUGGCAGCACCCCUCGUACUUUUAUGGGUAGCGGUGGUGGAGAAGGGAAGAGCGCGGCUAAUCCGCAGAUAGGUACGGGGUGGGAGCAGGAGCAGGGGUCGUGAAGUCAUGCCUCCCUGCCCCCACCCCGGCAGUCUCGUCUCUUCUGACACGUGGAGGCGUCGACACCCAGGGGACCGGAGAUCCUGACUACGGGUUUCUCUGUUGAAGGCUCUUAAGGCGAAAUGGCACUUGAGAUCGGCCUUAACCGAUGGGAAAGACUUAAGACAUGGGCAGGGAACGGGUGAAAAGAUAAGGUUUGGUGGUAAAGCACCAGCAAUAAAGGGGAAACGGCGUGAGCAAAGGCUUGGCUGAGAGUGCGGGAUGUACUGAACUUGCUGGGAACCUAGGACCAUAGGUUUAGAGAUCUGGAAAGGACCCCAGCCACAACUUCAUUGUCUAGCACGGUGGUUGGAGCCCUGACUCCCGAGGCAGGAAGUCCUGAGCUCAAAUCCUGGCCUCAGACACUUACUUAACUGUGUGACUCUGAGCAGGUCAUUUCUCCUUUGCCUUGUAUUUCUCAUCUGUAAAAUGGGGAUAAUAAUAGCACUCACUUUACAGGGUUGUUGUGAAGAUGAAAUCAAAUAAACUAAUUUAUAAAGCUCCUGGCACAUAGUAGGAUGCUUAAAAAGUGCUUCAUUUCCUUCCCCUUUUACAGAUGUAGAAACUGAGGAUACAUAGAAGGGUUAAGUGACUUUCCUAGGGUCACAGAGAUGACAGGUGACAUGGCUCUGGUUCUAACCUAGGCCCUCUGAAUCCAGAUCCAGUUUGUGUUGGAUUUGAGGAGGUUGAAUGAGGCUAGAAAGUAGGCUUCAGAAUGAAGGCCUUAAUAGUCAAUUGUGUACAGAGAUAAUUAGUCCUUACUUUUUUUUAUAGGUAGAGGCAGAAAGUAAAUUGAAAAGGGAGGGAAAUUGAGGCAAAUUAAGUGGUUCAGUAGAUAGAGUGUUACACCUGGGGUCAGGAGAACUUAGGUUCAAAUGUGGCCUCAGAGACUUCCUAGCAGUGUAACCCUGGGUAAGUCACUUAACCACAAUUGCCUACCCCAUACCCUAGAGUGUUACUAAGUUAGAAAGUAAGGGCUUAAAAAAGGGGAGGGGGCGUCAAAAUAUACAUGAUAAGUAUUUUAGUAGCUUUUACAGAAGCAAAGUCACUUUAUUCAUUUAGAAAUGAUUGUUUUGGUAAUAGUCCACCUUUCUUAUUUUGUUUUUUAUAUCACCAACAUUCCCAGUAUUUCCUCUCUCCCUCAAAGAGAGCAGCCUUUUACAACAAAAAAAUAAAAAAGGAAGAAAGGCUCACAAACCCAACUCACAUGUUAAAAAGAAAAUUGACAUUGUGUUCAACAUUUUACUUCCAUCUUUCCUGAGAUCUUUGCAAAGGGGAAAGGCACAGUGAAGAUUCCUGGACCAGCUAUGGAGAAUUACCAGAAGGCAAGUUCUGUAGAGAAACCACUGGCUCCUCCAGUGCCAGGACUGCCUCCAGACACCUUAGAAAUGCGAGUCCGGGAUGGCAGCAAGAUCCGCAACCUCCUGGGCUUUGCAUUGGGCCGGCUAGAAAGUGAAUCUACUCGGCGAAUAGUGUUCACUGGUGCAGGACGUGCCACGGGCAAAGCUGUGACCUGUGCUGAGAUUCUGAAGCGCCGGCUGCCUGGCCUGCACCAGCUCACCAAACUGCACUUCCAGCAGACAGAGGAUGCCUGGGUCCCUGUUGUGCCUGAGGCUGGUCUGGACCCACUUACUGUACGACGACAUGUGCCAGCUGUGUGGCUUCUGCUCAGCAAGGACCCUCUGGAUCCUAAUGAGGGUGGCUACCAGCCUCCAGGUGCACCUCCUGGUCUGGGACAGCCUUUGCCCCGAACCCCUCCACAUACCCCUCAGCCCAAGAGGCGAGGCCCCCGGGCCUCAGGGCAUUGGCAAGGAAGUGGAGGUGGGAGCCGAGGAGAGACCUCCAGGAGACCCUGACCCCUGAGUGGAAAGGGGCCAGGAGCAGAUUCAGGAACAGACAUGUUGGUGACUGCUCUGAGGCUUUCUGUGUUUGCUUGAUCAAAGGAAUUCUCCACCCUUUCUCCUUCUUCUCCUCCCUGAAAAGUAUUACCACUGGUUUUAUCAACUGCUCGAAGCUAUUAAAUCCCUUGGAUUGGGAAUAGAAGGUUGUUUUCCCCAGGAAAGCAAGUGAAGAAUUGGGAAUAAAAGUUCUACUUACUCCAUUUAUGAAA